CACGUACAGCCGUCAAACGGACACAGCAGCAGUGUAGUGGUAGCGCACCGCAUAGGAGAGGCAGCGACACAGACGUGACGUCGGUCCAUCGAGACGAGAUCCGAGGAUGUCCGGGUCGGGCGGCGGCGUGUGGGUGUUCAACAAGAAGGGCGUGAUGCAGCUGGAGCAGCUGGCGCCGGCGAGCCGGAAGGCGCUGGUGUACUUGCCGACGGACGAGGUGGUGCGGUCGGUGGAGGCGCUGGAGCGGAGGCUGGGGGCGCUGGGGUGGGAGCGCUACUACGAGAACCGCAGCGUCGUGCAGCUCCACAGGCGCGGCGGCGGCGCCGACCUCAUCACCAUCCCGCGCGACUUCGCCGGCCUCCGCUCCACCCACAUGUACGACGUCGUCGUCAAGAACCGCCACCACUUCAAGGUCGUCGACCGAGACGCCUAGCUGGCAAGCAGCUCCGUCGUCGCCGAUGGUCUCGGCAUGCAUCAUGCGUGUGUGCACAGUUGCUCAACGAUCGACUGCUGAUCGAUCGUUGUAAAAAAGAAAAAAAAAAAGAACUCCUGAAUCUCCUGGUCGAUCGAUGAUGUUGCACGAGUUAUAUUAUUGUACUUGUUAAUAGUUUGCACCCAUUUGUAAUUUUACUCCAUAAACUAAUUCAUUAAUAUACGCAAACUUUAGAAA